AUGGACGUCCACGAAGCACAACGAAUUUUGACGGACUUUCUGCAAGAAUUGUCCACCUUGUUCCACCGCGUCCCCGGUUCUGCGAUCUUGCUCCGUUACGUAAAAUCCAGUUAUCAGAACGACCCAAUUCGCUCAGCUGUCGAAUUGUUUCUGUUUCUUUUUGCCGUUCGCUAUCUUCUUGCGCCGAAGUACUCGACAAAGCCUGGAAUCGUGAAACUUUCGGAGGAGGAGAUUGAUGAUCUGGUCGAUGAAUGGACACCAGAGCCUCUCGUCGGCAGCCCGACGGCGUUGGAAGAGGUUGAGGUCGAGAGGAGGACAGUUAUUGUCGGACCGACUGGGCCCAAAGUCAAAUUGUCGAAUGGACGAACUGUCAUGAAUUUGGCAUCUUAUAAUUUUUAUAAUUUCACCUCGAAUGAAUCGCUUAAGGAAAAAGCCAUUCAGACCCUGCGGACUUACGGUGUUGGACCUUGCGGACCUCCAGGUUUUUACGGGACUCAAGACGUGCACAUCAAGACCGAAGCGGAUGUCGCUGCCUUCCUGGGUACAGCGGCGUGUAUCAUAUAUGCCCAGGCCUUUUCAACCAUCUCGAGUGUUAUCCCCGCGUUUUCUAAGAGAGGAGAUAUUAUUGUUGCUGAUAAGGGUGUGAGUUAUGCUAUCCGCAAAGGUAUUCAAAUUUCUCGAAGCACUGUGCGAUGGUACGAACAUAAUGAUAUGGAAGAUCUGGAGCGUGUGCUUGAAAAGGUUACCCGGGAGCAAGCGCGCAAGCCUUUGACUCGCCGCUUUAUCAUCACUGAGGGCUUGUUUGAGUCUAUUGGUGACAUGGUGGACCUGCCUAGAAUUGUUGAACUCAAAUCUAAAUACAAAUUCCGCCUCAUCUUGGACGAGACCUGGUCUUUCGGUGUUCUUGGACGCAACGGUCGUGGUAUCACGGAGCACCAGAAUGUCGAUGCGACUGAGGUUGAUAUGAUAGUCGGUUCUCUUGCCGGUCCUGUUAUUGCGGGAGGUGGUUUCUGCGCAGGAUCCGAGGAGAUUGUCCACCAUCAGCGUAUUUCGGCAUCAGCAUACACAUUCUCUGCCGCUUUACCUGCUCUCUUGUCGACUACUGCUAGUGAAACCAUCAAUAUGAUGCAGACCAACCCCGACCUUUUUGUUCAGCUUCGAUCCAAUAUCAAGAUUAUGUGGUCACAACUUGACCCACGCAGCGACUGGAUGUACUGUACCAGUGCACCAGAGAAUCCAGUUAUGAUAAUGGCCAUCAAGCCGGAGAUUGUGUCUUCGAGGAAGUUGUCUUUUGAGGACCAGCAGUUUUUGUUGCAAGAUAUCGUAGAUGAGACCCUGGCAAAUGGCGUGCUUAUUACUCGCUUGAAGUCAUUGCCCGACAGUGUGACGCCAAGUCAACAAGUCCUCCCAUCUCUCAAGAUCUGCCUGACAACCGGUUUGACGAAGCGCGAAGUCGAAAAAGCCGGCACGAUAAUCAGACACGCGAUUACGAAAGUAUUGGGCAAAAAACGAUAA